UCAACAUUCUCAGGCGCGGUUACGUAUCAAUAACGUAUCGCAUGCGAUAUGUACACAUCUACACAUUGCGUAAUCAAGCCUGUUGAUAACGCAGAUAAUUUUCCAGGUCACAAUGCUGUACAAGGUUUUUCUUCUUAGCGGGGGAUAUAAAGGAAUUGUCGUUGCUUAAAAGAUAUAUAUUGGUUAUUUAGAGGACAUAUGGAAAACGCAGCUUGCUACGAUGCUACGGAAGAAACUCAUCUUCUUGCGGAUUCCGCGCAUGGUAUUACGCAAAACAAUGAGUCAACAACUGAAGAAAACAAACCCUUACAAAAGAAAAAUAGAGCAGGACUAAUAUUGCCUAUUAAAAAUGGUUACAGUGAAAUUCUUGACAAUAACAAAUUGCACAACGGAAAGGAAAGCGGUACUACGCAAUCUGUGUCACGUCAUCCUAGAGUCGUGUCACGCAUUCGUUCUGUUACUGAUACCCAUGGAAUCGUUCGAGAAAAUGUUUCACAGAAUCGUCGCUGGUCAAACGCCGAUCGUAGAACAAGUAACCACUUGGAACAUGGAUAUGACGAUAUGUCACGCAAUGAAACACACAGUAACAUGUCACGCCAUGAAGAUGCAACAAAUAAUAAUGCACAAGAGGUGUCACGCAACCAUGAUUUACCAAAUAAUGAUGACUGUGACAGCACAUCAAACCGUUUUAGAACAAACACGGAUGGAUCGUUUUACACCCAUAGUGAAGCAGAGGAGUGUGAGGAAAGUGAUUUCUCUGUCUAUAUGUCAACAGAUACCAUUGCACUUAGACAAAGACGGCACACUAAUGGACUGUCUUUCAGUGGUUUGAUUCGUCCUCGAAGAAGACAUCAUAGGAGGCAAUCUAGAGCAGCAACUUGUGUGACUGACUCGUUUGUUGAUGAAUGUGUUUGCUGCAAUUGUACAAUUCUGUAACACUUUGAAAUCUAGGAAGUACAGAGGAAGGGGGGAGGGGGAGGAGGCAACUAACUUGAAAUGUAUACCUCUUCAGCAAUCCUCCUAACACUAUACUGAAGGAAAUCUAAUCAUGUUUUCAGUCCCCCUGCCAUCUUAAAAGGGUUAGCAUGCCCCCUACAUCAGAGUAAGACAACUGGCUACCAUGCAAGGACAAAAUUAAUAUAUGUGGAUGAUUUCAUAUAGGUAUUGAAGAUGGCAUCAGCCAUAAGCCUACUAGUUGUUUUGCUACGAUGCAUGACAGAAAUAUUCUCGUCWUUGUCCAAGUCCCUUGGAUUUCUAACUGUUCAUCCACAACAUUUUAAUUUUCUGAGAAGAUUUUUGUUUUAAAAUUCAAAAUGCAAAACAUUCACGUGUUUGAAUGUUGGUGAGUGUACAAAUAACAAAUUCUUUUAUUUAAAAUCUUAAUUUUACUAAUCAUCAAGAGAAAGUAAUCAAAGACAAUAGACACUCCUUGGUGAACUGAAUCUUAUUUCAGAAAUACAAGAACAAUCUAUUUUCACUUGUUAAUUCUGAUAUUGUACAAUGAUGAAUUUGACACAAUUCAAGGGAAGAAAGUCCAAAAAUUUAACUAUACACCAUAAAUGUCCUUUCUUCUUUUCCUUUCAAUAACCCCUUGAGAUAUAAACAUCACUAUUAUUCGCCACAAAAUAUGUUUUCUCUGCUAUUUUGCAUCAAAUAUACAAUUAUUAAGAAUAUUAUCUAAAUAGUCAAGGAAUUAUUGAAAGAACUGUGAAGCAUCAACCUUGCUCCCAGACUCCUCUUUGCAUUUUAGGUCAGGAGACUGAGCAUGAGGUUGUGAUAAUAUUGGGUUAUGAAAGAGUAAAUAAAAAAUGGCUAAAAAUAAUAUCAAUAUGACUUCAAAAAAGGAUCUAUUAGUACAACGGUUCAUUUGUCAUAAUUCAGAUACAGACAGCAUUUUGUUUAAUGGUGCCUUUGUCUGAUAGCAAGCAUCUCUUUUGCAAAUAAUACAAGCUAGCUGCAACUUCAAARAAAUGUCUCAAUGGCAACAGUCAAACACGCUUUCUCUUUAGUAAAACAAGGUGCUUAAGUUAAUGWCUAGAAAAAUUAAGUUUAAUUUAGUUCAACUAAAAAGAAAGAUUGUUAGAUAUGACUGUUGUCCACUGAGGUAGCUUGCUGCCUAGAGGGUACUCUUAUUAUUGUGGUAUUCAUCUAAGGGCCGUCYAAGCAAUGCUAGCACCAAUCAGCAGUGUAGUCAAAGUCAGUGAAGAGACCCUGAAAUAAAAACACAGGAAUCCUGA